CACAUGUUCACGUUUGCUUUGAGACUUUUUCCCAAUCAUCCAUUUUUUUUUGUGAAUCAGCUGUUUUAGACCACUCCGGUUCUGCAUCCCGCCGCCUUGGAAGCUUAACGCCGCCGUUUGCAUUUGAACGCCUCAUCUGCCCCCGCCCUCCGGCUGCCCACAAGCGUACCCAAGGCUCCGCGCGCCCGCCGCCGCCGCACAGAGAGGAUGGGGUCCGCCGGCCGUCUGCUCGCCGUGCUGCUGCUGCUGCAUCCGUCCACAGGCUUCUGGAUCAUGAACGUCGUCUUCCCCCCGAACAGCAGAGUCCAGGAGCCGAGCAACAACACGUCCCCGCUCAUCAUCGUACCAGGAAACUUGGGGAAUCGUUUAGAAGCCAAAAUAGACAAGCCAACUUUAGUCCACUGGAUGUGCUUCAAGAAGUCUGAGCACUGGUUUCCUCUCUGGAUUGACCUGAACAUGUUCAUGCCGGUCGGUGUGGACUGCUGGAUUGAUAACAUCAGACUUGUUUAUAACAAGACAACCCGGCAAUCCUCCAACUCACCAGGGGUGCAGGUGAGGGUACCUGGAUUUGGGGAAACGUAUACCAUAGAGUAUCUGGACUACAACAAACUAGCUGGUUAUUUUCAUUCCAUGGUGCAGUAUUUGGUCAAUGUGGGUUACGUCCGUAAUGAGACAGUCCGUGGCGCUCCGUACGACUGGCGAUUAGCUCCGAAUGAGAACCCAGAGUAUUUCAUAAAGCUUCAAGAGCUGGUGGAGGAGAUGUACAACCAGUACCAGAAACCAGUUUACCUAUUGGGACACAGCAUGGGUGGCCACUACGUCCUUUACUUCCUCAACAACCAGCCUCAGGCCUGGAAGGAUACAUACAUCAGAGGCUUCAUUUCCCUGGGAGCACCAUGGGGUGGCGCCGUUAAAGUACUUAGAGUCAUGGCUUCAGGUGAAAACGAUGGCAUCCCAAUGCUUUCUAACAUCAAGAUCCGUGAGGAGCAGAGGAUGAUGACAACCAAUCCUUGGAUGCUACCAUCUGAGGAUGCUUGGCCUAAGGAUCAUGUCUUCAUCUCCACACCAUCAGUUAACUACACAAACCAGGACUACAAGCGCUUAUUUACAGACAUCGACUUUGAGGACGGCUGGCACAUGUGGAAAGACACCAAGAACCUGACUGGUGCUCUCCACCCUCCUGGCGUUGAGGUGUGGUGCAUGUACGGCGUUGGGCUUCCAACUCCUGUCACGCAUAUCUAUGAUGAGGAUUUUCCCAACGCAGACCCGGUGGACUUUGUUUAUGCCGACGGGGAUGACACAGUGGACAGCUUUAGCAUGAGUCUGUGCAAACGCUGGGAGGGGAAGCAGGAAAAGCCGGUUCAUGUGACGGAGUACAGGGGACUGGCCCACCUAGACAUGGUGUUCCAUGAAAAGGUCCUCCAUCAAAUCCAGCAAAUCCUGGAGGGCAAAUCAGACACGCCCAGGGAGGUUGACGUCCGAUUAGAUUAACAAACAGGCAAGAAAACCCACUAGUUUAAGAAAUUCUGAUAGUGAAAAUUUUUUCAGUUUUAGUGCCAAACUUUUAAAAGUUGGUUACUUUGCUCCAUUUGGAGAAGAGUAUCACAGAUGUAACGGUAUAGGGUGAUAUAUUUUGAUCUUAAUAGUAGCCCUCCUGCCAGGCUUUUUAGUUAUCUUCAAAGCUAAUGAAAACUUUAAAAUUAGCAUGCUAACUUUAGCAGUUGUAUGCUACAUCCACCUGUAGUGACAGAUGAAGCCCAAUUUUCAUAUUUGUGUUUUGUAAAGAUUUAUAACCUAAAUAUUUUCAAAUGUUAUUCCACUUAUUUGUCCAACAGUAAUAAAACAAACCGUAGAACGGAACCAUAGAAUGCUAAUGUAGCAUGAUAGGAUAUGCUGGGAUGUUUUUGUCCACCCAAUGCAAAAUGACUUAAAUGACAUAAAAUAAUGUGAAACUGUAAAUUUCAUUAUUACCAGUAGCCUAUGUUUAUUUUUAUCCUUUCCCAUGUUAUGUCGUGUCUUCUUCACAAUUUGUAUUUACAUUUCUGUAAUUGUCAUUGUAAUUGACUCCUUAUCUCUUGCAAACACAGCUUUAUGGUUGGUUUUAUCGUUGGAUUUAUUUGUUUUAUAAAAUACAGAACUGUUUUUUUACUUGGCAGAGUAAAUUAAACAUACCAUUCUUUUCUUCC